AGAUGGCGCAGGCGCAGUGAGAAGGCGCAGCUCUCAUCCCCGCCCCCGGACGCGCCGUGAGCCCUGCGGCGUUCCGUAGCUGCAGUCACGAUGGCGGCUCAGAAGAUUAACGAGGCCCUGGAGCACAUCGCGAAAGCGGAGAAAUACUUGAAAACUGGAUUCUUAAAAUGGAAACCAGAUUAUGAUAGUGCAGCUACUGAAUACGGGAAGGCAGCUGUUGCCUUUAAGAAUGCCAAGCAGUUUGACCAGGCAAGGGAAGCCUGUUUACGAGAAGCUGAAGCACAUGAAAACAACAAAGCUCUCUUUCAUGCUGCCAAAGCUUAUGAACAAGCCGGCAUGAUGCUAAAGGAGAUGCAGAGACUCCCUGAAGCUGUUCAGCUGAUAGAGAAAGCCAGCAUGAUGUACCUGGAGAACGGGACACCGGAUACAGCAGCCAUUGCACUGGAACGGGCUGGGAAGUUAAUAGAAAACGUGAGCCCAGAGAAGGCUGUACAGCUUUAUCAGCAAGCAGCAUCAGUGUUUGAAAAUGAAGAACGUUUACGGCAAGCAUUAGAAAUGUUGGGGAAAGCAUCAAGACUUCUAGUCAGAGGACGCAGAUUGGAUGAGGCUGCAUUGUCCCUUCAAAAGGAAAAAAGUAUUUAUAAGGAAAUUGAAAAUUAUCCAACAUGCUAUAAGAAAACUAUUGCUCAAGUCUUAGUUCACCUUCACAGAAAUGAUUAUGUUGCUGCAGAAAGGUGUGUGAGGGAAAGCUAUAGUAUACCUGGAUUUAAUGGAAGUGAAGACUGUGCAGCACUAGAGCAACUUCUGGAAGGAUAUGAUCAGCAAGAUCAGGAUCAAGUUUCUGAAGUCUGUAACUUGCCUCUCUUCAAAUACAUGGACAAUGAUUAUGCCAAGCUUGGUCUUACCUUGGUGGUCCCGGGAGGUGGAAUCAAGAAGAAAUCUCCAAAUGCUACACAAGAUAAAACAAGAGGACCAGCCACAGUGGGCUCUCAUGCUGAUGAGGAAGAAGAUGAAUAUUCUGGUGGACUGUGCUAGCUGCAAACCUAUGUUAUGUUAAAUAUCCAAUGUAUUUGUGAUGCUGAGCAUAUCCAAAGGUACCAGAUUUACCAGAGCUUCAUUGCAAUUGUGAUAUGGGAAUGCUGAUGUUAACUGGGCAGCUUUUGGCUACAAAAAAAAAAAAAGGAGAAAAAGCAUGAUUAUACCUAUCAUCUUGUAACAUCUUUGAAUUUCAUUUCCUAUCUGGUAGGAACUUCUUCAGUGCUCUGCCUUCCGUUGAUGGGGAGAAAAAUGGAAGGAAAUUUUUAGUAAAAGCAUAGUUUAAAAAGAAACCAAAGUUCUGAAGAGAAGCACAGGGUAAGGAGAACAACACAACAUCUCAAGUACUGGAUUUCAAGCUGACACUUUUUUUGGUGCCAAUAAUGUUUGUGGGUCUUUUUUUCUUCCCAAAGUUGAAUGUAAGGUUAUUUGUCUGGAUAUUCAUCUCCUCUUUAAUGUUAUUUAAGGAAUACUGGCAGACAUAUUUUCCACUAGUAUAAUCACUAAGAACAUUCAGUUAACAAAUAUUCCCCGCUGUGGAAUAUAUACUGGAAUAUAUAUUCUAGUAUCCUAAAUAUAGCAAGUAAUAUCCACGUGAUUGUAGAAAAUACUAAGCCAGCUAAUAUGGAGCAGUUUCACAAGCUUGAAUAUAUAGCUGCACACAUUUCACUUUAAGAAAAUAAUAGACCUAAGUCUUUCAGAAUAUGUUUGUACACAGUGUUUGUAAUGUACACGCUAGGAAUGGAAGUCAUUGGCAACCUUUCUAGCACUGUUUCUGAUGCACGUUGUUAUCAAAAAAGAAACUAAAGGUAGCAGGUAAUGUGUAUUGAAAAUAAAGCACUGGGGACAAUAUCUAGUGAAAACUUAGGUGAAAUUUUCAGCACUGUGGUUGAGCUUAGUGUUUCAGGUGUUCAUUGGCUAGUUAAUCUCAUCUGCAAAUAUUUUCCUUCUUUCAAAGCAGAACAGAUUUUACAAUCCUCAAACUAGCUGAGUGUUCAAAAUAACCAUAUUUUGGAGCAUCUUCUCCGUUUUUAUUUGAUUACAAGUUGCUGUCUUCUGCGAACUUCUUUAUUGUCCACAUUCAUUUGACUGCUUUAUACUUAAGUGUUGACAGCCCUAAAAGUUACACGUGUGGUCCUUUUAUAUAUAUAUAUAUAUGUAUAUAUAUAUAUUUUCUUUUCAGAAGAACCUUUCCAAGAUCUGCUCUAAGUUGAUGUCCAAAACUGAGUAAGCAGUAGACCACAGUAUUAAGUGUUGAUAUAGUUUGUGCCACGUUAAGGAAUUGGGUGUCUUCAAUAGAGUGUAUCAGAUGUCACUGUGAUGAAGGUGGACUUUGAGGGCUCAUAUGUUGCUUGAGGUGGAUAGCAUUCAGUGCAGUGGGUACACGAGUGGCUGUUAAAGUUUUUACUCAGUUUAAUAGAUCAGGUUUGUCUCCUUGUAAUGAUAUAGUAAGCUUUGGUUUGUUCUUUUUUAAAAGCUGUUUGAGGGCUUUUUAAAGUUGCUUACCUUUGUUCUUUGUUCUGCACUGUCUGACAGCUAAAUUUCCAUUGUUAUUAAGGAUAUAUACAGAAGUUUUUGUACGCCUCUAGAAUAUCUUAAAUGAAAUCUUAGAUAGUGAAUUGCUUUUUCCGCCCCCUCCCAGAGUGAUUACUAGUAUGCAAAAAAGGUGGUUUUGAAGACUUCCCCAUAACUCUUUUUCCUCACCAUUGAGGAGACUGGAGUGAUGUGUUCCAGCUUCCGCUUUCCACAUUUGUUCAGGAAGGGUCACCAUGCACUUUUUAUGGGGAAUUUUUAUGACGUAAUUUUUUUUUUUCUUAAAGCACAUUUAGAAGCACUGGGAACACUAAGUACUUUUCUUCAAGCUUUUCCUGCUGCUUCCGAUUCUGAAAUUAGUUUUGUUGAAUGGUCCCAAGGAGUCUGCUUUUUUGUGUGUGCAGUUACAUAUAUCUGAGAAGACACACAGGCAGUUUUGUAUACUGUGGUAGAAGUUGCAGACUUUAUUUGCUGUAGUGCUUGCAACAGUAAUAGACCCUUACAAAUACAAUUUAUGAGUUAGCAUGCUCUUCAUGUUGCGGGGGGAAGGAAGCAAGACCAUUUUCUCCACUCCCUCAGGUUUUUUUCUUUUUAGCCUGUGCCAAGUGUGGAAAAUCUGGGGCAAAAGUAGCUUGUAAUAAGCGUGUUCAGCUGCCGUUGAAAUUAAAGGGGCUUCUUAAGAUCUUGGGAGCAGAAUCUUAAUCUUUGAUUGCAAUGUUGCUGCGAAGACCAAAUCUGCAGAAAUGAAAGUGUCUGAAAAUAAGAUGGUCUAUUUUAUAUAACUUACUCUCCUAUUUUAGGCAUUGAAAGUGUGAUAGGAAUGUUAUCUGCCUUUUAGUAAAUGUUUAACUGUAGAAGAUGCUGUCUGUAUAUUAUGUGUAAGUGUUUCUAUCUUUCAAAGCAAUUUGCACACUUCUGUAAAUACCAUUUAAGUGAUUUAAAGUGAAAAUAUACCAUUUUCAGCAAGAAGGUUUCUAAAGACAACAUUGGCUGUGAGAAAAAUUAUAUUUGCAUGAAGACCGGGCAAUGAUCAGUGUAAUGUAUAUAAAAUCAGAUGAUUUCUAAAGUAUCUGUAACUUAUGACUCAAUAUGCCCAAUUGCAGUGUGAAACCUGUGCUUCAUUUGUUCCUUUCCAAAAACUGUGAUGUAUUAGAUUAUUAAAAGUGUUUGUAACAGUUCUACAGAUGCUGCUUCUGAGAAGAGGCUGUGGUUCACCAAUGUGAAAAAUAAAACUUGAAACUGACA